CAGCAUAAAUGUAACUUAAAUAACCAUUAAAAUUUGAACUAAUAUACUGUAGCGGGCAGACGUCGUUGACGAGUCUCUCAUAUACUUAUCCUACCUAUAUAUAUAUAUAGGUUUUAAAAGUUCUCGGCCUAAUCGAGAUUUGAGGGUAGUAUAUAAAUAAAUGUAUACUCAUUAAAUAGUGAUUCUUUAUUUAAUUGUUGUCAAGUGCCAUUAUGACAAGUUGCGUAAUUAUUUUUCAACGAUUUUUUGUUCAAGCCAAUCUGUUUUUCUGAAAAUGGAAAAAGUCAGUAAUAGGUGUAAUCAGAUGGUAAGUGCAGCUAAAUGCCGAUAUUUCCAUAACUGUAUUAAUAACUAUUCUACAGCCGAAGUGUGGAAAUAUCUGGACCUUUUGGUCUUUGCAGGCUAGCUACAUUGGAUUGUAGUUCUUCUUCUUCACUCGAUGAAAUCAACCAACAUUUCGCUUCGCUUUGGAAGAGGGCUUUUAUAAAGCCUCUCGCAAAAGUUCCUACUCCCAUUCUUCCCAAUCAUUUUUGCCCAUUCUAAAAUUCUAAAAUUUUGGAAUCCUGUGUUUACAAGCAAAUUUUUAUUUUGAAACAUAACCUACUGAGUAUAUUUAAGUCUGGGUUUUGCCCUGGUCAUAGUACCACUACUGCUUUAAUUAAUGUUACUGAUAAUAUUAGACAAGGUAUGGAAGAAAGAAGAUAACAGUACUGGUACUAGCUGAUUUGAAUUUUGAUCCUACUGCUUUUGAAUGGUUUGCAUCUUAUCUUCGCGGUCGACAGCAGUCAGUCUGUGUGGGGCAAAUGACCUCAGUUUGGGCUGAUGCUGGUGUGCCGCAAGGCGGUAUUCUUUCUCCUAUAAUUUUUUCAAUUUUUAUAAACUUUAUUACCUCUAUCCUUGACUGCUCGUACCAUUUGAACGGCGAUAACCUUCAGCUUUAUGUGCAAGCUGAAAUUGGGGAUAUCCAUAAUGGGAUCAAAAACUUAACGACCACUUAUUAGUUGUAAAAGAUUGGUCAACUCAUUAUGGAGUUUGUGUCAAUAUUUUGCAAUGCCAAGCUAUACUGGUGGGUAUCUCAAGGAUGCUGGCUAAAAUUAAUCUUGCAGAUGUACCUCCUAUUUAUUAUGAUGGUAUUAUAAUUCCGUUCAGUAAUUCUGUUAAAAAUUUUGAUCUACAUAUCGAUAAAACCCAGGUUUCAGUAGUGACUCGUAAAAUCAUUGCCAAGUUAUGCUCUCUGUGUCGUUUAAAACAUUUUAUUCCCACAAACUCUAAGAUCAUGCUUGUCCAAUCGCUCAUAUUAGCCAUAAUUGAUUAUGCAGAUGUACACACAUACCCAGAUCUGUCCCAAGAUCUUCUGAAUAAGCUGGAACGCCUUCUCAAUAAAUGUAUAAGAUUUAUUUUCGAGCUUCGUAAGUAUGACCAUUUUUCUAUAAUUAAUAGAAUCAGGCGUUAGUUUGCGGAAAUCCAUUAUAUAUAAGCUUUUACAAAAAUUUACUUCGCAAAUAUCCGCGUUAUAAAAUAAAAUGAUGUGUCUUACCUAGUAUGAAGAAGCACCUACCGCCCUCCCUCAAUUGCGUGCACUAUCCCCGUCACCACUAAUCCCAGCACCACUACUCCCAACACCACUACACUAGGCAAGACACACCACUGACGAUAAUACGACACGUGUUUCGCCUCUACACGAGGCAUCCUCAGGUGAUAUAGACUCUACGGUGGCAUUAAGCCCGCGCUUUGUAUUUUUUUGUUUUAAGGAAUGCAAUAAAGAAGAAAUAAAAAAAUUACAGAGUAUUUUCCAGUUUCACCAUUCUUAAAUGUUUAAUUAUACAAUAUUUAACAAUCACAACAAUCACAAUAUACAAUAUUUAAAAUCUACAUUACAAUUUUACUAACAAAUUAAUACAAUUAAAUAAAUUAAUCAUUAUUACUUAUUUUUAACUACAACUUGUCACUUUUCCAUUAUAAUUAAUAGUUUUCCACAUAACAACCUUUGUUUUAUUAUCUUACAACAGCAAUUUAAAUUACUAUAACAUUAAUUUUCACAAUAUAAUUUCUCAUAAUAAACAAUUAAAAUGACCGAUCACGAGACUCGAAUCGCUUGAAUGGUAGUAACGUACACGAGUUGACAGACUGUUCUUGCACAACCCUUAAUAUGAAACUAUAUGUUAUCACUUACGACGUUCCGUACGCCUACCAUACGUACGUUACACAUGAAUUAAAAUUAUAUAAAAUUUUGCAUUUAACUCGUAUUGUGUAGCUCGUUAACUAUGUAAUGUUACUUGAAUCUUAGUUAGUUUAAAGCUUAUAUCAAUAAAUAAUCGUAUGAUAGAAUAAAAGGCGUUCUAUUUCAUAGAACCUGACUGAUAAUUUUAGUAAACAUUAUACCGCAUCGCAAACACUGUUUUAUAUUUCAGAAAAUAGUUCCGCUGGGUUUCUUGCUAGUCCUUCACGGGACAGAGGUUUUUUUCUGAACCUGUAGUAAAUUAAACAAAACAGUGAAUUUUAAAAAGUAUUAUUUACAAUAACAUAACAUAUAUAAACACUCACGCCUGUCACCCAGAGGAGUAGGCAGAGAUUAUGGACUUCCAUUUGGCACGAUCCUGACACACCUCUCUCGCUUCCUCCACAUCCAUAUACCUACGCAUACACGCUCGUCGGUUAAAGGUACUCUUGAUUUGGCCCAUUUUUAAUAUAUCGCCAAUUUGGUCGAUAAACUUUCGCCUAGGGCGACCCUUCCCGACUAUGCCGUUCACCUCUGCAACAUAAAUUUGCUUUGUUACUCUUUCCUCAUUCAUUCUUUCUACAUGGCCAAACCACCGAAGCAUUCCUUUCUUAAUCCUGGUCACAACAUCAUCUUGCAAACCACACUGUUCUCUUAUUAAACAAUUUCUCACUCUGUCAUUCAGCUUCAUCCCUAACAUACUCCUUAAUGACCGCAUUUCUACAGCAUUUAUUCUACUCUCAUGCUUCUUCUGCCACACCCAACUUUCACUACCAUACAUUAAAGUAGGUACUAAUACAGCAUUGUGAAUUGCCAUACGUGCCUUUUUGGACACAUUCUGACUUUUCACAAUAGAGUGUAGAGCCCCAUUCACUCUAUUUCCUGCAUUCACUCGUCGUUCUAUAUCCUUAUCAUAUCUACCAUCCCUGCUAAACACACAUCCCAAAUAUACAAACUCAUCUACUUGCUCUACCAACUCCCCUUCUAUUCUUAUUUCACAUAUCGUUUUACUUUCUUCUCUUUCAAAAACCAUAACUUUCGUCUUACUUGCGUUCACUUUCAUAUUAUUUACAAUCUAUAUUGAAUAAAUAAACUUCUAUUUCUGUUUCUAUUCUGACCUUGUCUGACACACUGGAGUGUAUUUAGAUUCAGACAACGUAUUUAUUACUAAACGCAAUGCAUAUUAUGUAUUUUGAAUGUUACUCAAAACUAAAAAAAUUGUAUUGUAUAUUUUAAAGUGUUAAGGUGUAUAUUUUUUCAUAAUAUCUUAACACAAGAAAAACAUUUAUUUAUUUUCAGUAUGGCGAAGUUCUCACAACUCCACCACAGUUUCCCAUGAUGGAAAAUGGGACAUUAACAAAUGACAAAACCAGUGCAAGCAUUUCUAGAACUGAUGAAGCUUUGAAUGUAGUCCCUGAUAUAAUUUUCAGUGAUAUACCGCAACAUAGGAAAAUAAUGGAGUUGUUGCUACAAGAUAUUCAACGAGGUAAUCAUCUAUUGCUAGUCGAGAACCGGGGAUUGGAAAAUAAAAAAAUCGCAGACAGACUAUUACAACAUUUGAAUCGACCUACGGAAUACACACAGUUGCACCGCUAUACAACGGUACAUUCUUUGACAAUACACCCAACUGCGAAAAAUGGAACGGUCAUUUACGAAGAUUCACCACUUGUCAAAGCCGUUAAAUAUGGCUAUCUGUUAGUUGUAGAUGAAGCGGACAAAGCGCCAACAACAGUAACAAGCAUCCUAAAUACUUUAAUAGAAAAUGGAGAGAUGGUACUGAGUGAUGGUAGAAGGAUGAUUUCCAGGAAAAAAAUUAAUAGUUCUGGAGGCAAACCAUCCGGUAUUAUUCCUGUGCACGAUGAUUUUAGAAUGAUAAUCAUGACUAGUCAAACUGGAUUUCCGUUCUUGGACCAAGACUUCUCUACUCCUUCAGGUCUCGAGGACAGAGGCGUGCACAACGCCAGUUCACGUUCGCGCCGCCGCCGACAAGUUUCUUCAUCAACAAGUCAUGAGAUAGGCAUCACCGUCAAAGCAGUCGGUUCUAACCCAGCGAUCACCACUGUUGUAAUGGGUGCCGAUGGCACGGGACCACAUACUGCUACAGCAAUAGCCUCAGGUACAGCAGUUGCUACUGCAACUGCUGUGACCUAUGGUACAGGAACCUCAACUGCUACAGCAAUUGCUAACGUCUCAGCAAUUGCCACCGCCACAGCACACUCAUACAACACAGCAGUCGCUACUGCCACAGCUAGUGCUCAAGACUCAUCAUCGGCCGAAGCUACAGCGCACGCACACGACAAAGCAGUCGCCACCGCCACAGCAAAUGCUUCUGAUUCAAAAGUCGUCAUGGCCAAGGCCAUCGCCAAAGGCGACCAAGUCAUCACUGACACACAAACUGGGCUCUCGACUUAGAUUUAUAAGAAAUUUUCAACAUCUUAUAAAAUAUAAUAAAUUUAAAUGUAUUAAAGGCAGCGGUUUAAGAAGGCAGUUGUAUAUUAUUGCACUUUCUUUACUUUGCACUUCAGUAAGAAAAUGCUCGUUUAUUAGCAAGUUUCGAGAUAGAAACUGCGCAGUAAAAUUGAAAUAAAAUAAGUAUUAAAAAUAUUCAAAUGAGUUACCAUAUAAAUAAUCGCGAUUAAUAUCGAUUGAGCAGUAGAAUGGCUGAGUGAGAAGUUACAUGUGCGUAGUUGCCGAGUUGGCAUUAGUUGUAGUAUUCGAUACGAAAGCUCAUGAAAAGUAGUUCCAAAUAAUGUAUUAAUAACAUUAAAUUCAAGGUAUUGGGGUGUCUCCUGGGCAAAAGAACCUACAACCACACUUAACCUAAAUGUUUCAUGGUGAACACAAUAUAAGGCUUUGGAUAGGUCACAGAAUAUACCCAAAGCAUCCUGUGAAUUCUCCCAUGCAUUGAAAAUAUUAUAUUUAAUCAGCUCAACACUAGCAUCAGUUGUCGAGCAACCCCUUGUGAAACCGAAUUGAUUUUAUGAAGUAAAUUAUUUACAUUAAAAAAAUAAACAUU